GUUUACGAAUCAAUUCACUGUAUUUUAUUAUUUUAAAUAAUCACGAAUCGCAUCACCACUUCUCAAUCUUACCGAACCCACCAAUCACCGUCGUCGAAUGAAAUAGCGGCGUAGACGACUGAGUGAAACAGCUGUUUUCUCCUAAAUCAAUGACUGCAAAUAUAAUUCAUUCCGAAAAUCCUCUCCAGCCCUAUAAAAUUGUCAAGUAGGUCUUCUGCAACUGGAAAUUCUCUGGAAUCCUCAUACUCGUAAUCGUCUGAAAUGCGAUGGAUAAUCCCGAAGACAACAAAGAAAAUCUGGUGCCACUCAAAGCCAAUUAUUUUAAAAUCCUUUGUGAGCCGGACUGCCAUUUGCAUCGGUAUCAAGUAAAAUUCGAACCAGAGGAAGACAGUUACAAGGGCCAGAAGGCCCUCAUCGAGCAGCAUCGUGAUAUCAUUGGAACGUAUAUUCUGGAUGGAACCACUCUGUACUGCACCCACAAACCGCCUCUGGAAUUCCCUCCAGGCGAGGAACACCAGAUCAUAGCUGAGUACUUAGGCAAUCUGAAGCCUGAAGAUUAUCGAUCCGAGAAAAUAUAUAAUCUCCUGGCAAGCAGAACUCUCGAGAUUAUGGAUUUUCAAAUGAUUGGGUGGGAUUUCUACGAUAUCAAAGCACCUGAGGCCAAGGUUAACAUCGAAAACUACGCUCUGGAGGUCUGGACCGGCUAUCGAACUGCUAUUCAGAAUUACGAGGAUGGAUUAAUGAUGGCUGUAGAUAUUUCUCACAAAGUUGUAGCUCAGACCUCCAUAUUUGAUCUUCUCGAACAGGUGAUUGAGAAUUCUGGGCCGGAUUAUCAGGCGGCAUUCAUCGCCGAAGUGACUGGUCUCAACGUCUGGACAGAGUAUGAUAACAAGAUUAACCGUAUCGAUGGUGUUGAUUUCUCGAUGACUCCACUCUCUAAUGUGAAGACUGAACAGGGCGAGUUGCCUAUGACCUACAAAGAGUAUUACAAGGUUCAUCAUGAGAUCAACAUUUCUCACAACUCCCAGCCUCUGCUGGUGGUUAAUAACAGACCCAAAAAUCGUCAACAUCUGGGGGAAAAGAUUUAUCUUAUACCUGAAUUGUGUGCUAGGACAGGGUUAACUCCAGCAUUGGAAAAUGAUCGUAUCGUGAAGGAUCUCUUGUCAGCACAUACGGUUUCCGGUCCUGAGAAUCGUAUGAAGAAGCUCAUGGCGCUUAAUCAUCGUAUGAUAAAUAACAAAAAACUUCAAGAUGAACUGCGAAUUGCGAACAUGAAUUUAGAUUCGGAGCUGAUCGAUGUAUUUGGGAAAAUUCUGCCUCGUGAGAAACUUAUAUUUGGGGAUGGGUGCCAGGUGGAUGUCACUUGUGAGGGCGAUUGGUCUGUGGCGUUCAAGGAGAACAACCUUUUUCAAACUGUUAAAUUGGAGAAAUGGGUUGUUGUUACACCAGCGGCGCACACAUUUGAAGUUAAGGCUUUCGUUGAAAAAAUGAUGAGAUCCACUCGAAACUUCCAACUUUCAGAGCCUGAUUAUGUGGAACUGGAGGAGUCCACUCUCGAGUGCUACAGUUCUCACCUGCAGCAAUCGAUAAUGAAUAUAAAUCCACAGUUAGUGAUGAUCGUUGUUCAAGGCCGUCGACCUGAAGUAUUCACUCGAAUCAUGAGGAAGUGUUACUUUGAGAAUGCAGUACCCUGCCAAGUCAUCACUGAUAAAUGCUUUAUGUCGGAGGAACCGGAGGACAUAGCAACUAAAGUUACUUUUCAAUUAAGCUGCAAGAUUGGGGGAAUACCCUGGAGCAUUCACAUCCCUCUGAAUGGGCUUAUGAUCGUUGGAAUCAGCGUUGCUCGUGAUACCGAUCAGCCGAACAGAAGUUUUGCUGCUGUAGUGGUCACCCUCGACAAAGGUCUCACUCGUUACUUCUCAUCAGUCUCGUGCCACGAUAGAAACGACCAGUUGACCUUCAACAUAAUCUCCAGUCUCUCUAAAGCCCUGGAGAAAUAUCAUGAAGCGAAUAAUGGUUCCCUCCCCUCUCGAAUCAUCGUGUACCGGAAUUCAGCACAAAAUUCGCAUGUUUCCAACAUAACAGAACACGAGGCGACUCGUGUCUACAAUUCAUUAAAAAACAUCUACGGCGAUGCGCCUGUGAGCUUUGCCUACAUCCUCGUAUCGAUGUAUUCCAACACGAGACUCUUCCAUGGAACCGCUAAUCCACCUUUGGGGACUGUCGUCGAGAACAUCAUCACUCAGCCGAUGAGAAAAGACUUCUUCCUGGUGUCACAACACUCUAAGGAUGACACUGUCAUGCCCUGUUAUUACAAUGUCAUCUUUGAUACUGCUCGUCUGUCCAUGGAGAGGAUUCAGAUCCUCACCUACAAGUUGACUCAUGUGUAUUUCAACUGUAGCAAUACUGUCAGGAGACCUGCACCUGUCCAUUAUGCCCACAAACUCGCGUCUCGGGUUGCUGAGAACAUUCAUGCACCUCCUGAUCGUCGGCUCGAGGAUCUUCUUUAUUUUCUUUAAACUCGAGGUGUUGGAUAUUGCCAAAGGAUUUUAGUUUAUUUUUUAUAUUUUUGGAAGAAGAUUGAUGUGGUACCUUCUAGACAGGAACAUUUUUCAUUGUUUUAGUGAUUAAUAGGACGAUGAGGGAAUCUCUCUGGAAUUUAUUGCCGUAAAAAUCCGAUACAAAAUAUUCAUUUUGAUCUUUUUUUUUAACUUAUCAGCGUGUGUUUCUUUGACAAGAGUGCUUGUUUAUAAUUUUCAAGAGUUGCUUGGAAUUGAAUUGUCAGUAAAGCAGCGCAAGCACUCAAUUUUAGUAAUAUUUCAGUUGCCAGAAUCAUUUGAAAGUUAAAAACAUAUAAAAUCCUUUAAAAAAAAAAAUCGGCUGAACUGAAAAAAUAUAUCAAGAGAAGUCCUAACAUUAUUUCGUAUCCUAACAUUAUUUCGGGACUUAUAUAUCAAAAUAUUUGAGUAUAAUCAAGUGACAAGUGACAAUGAUGUCUGUUGAGAGAGAACAAUUACAUGCUAGGAAUAUUGCUGGUGCAAUAAUCUACAAAAGUCAUUAACAAUCACAAUUUUAUAUUUCAUUUGUGCAUAUUUGAUAAGAGAGCUAAGGAAAGACUUGUAAUAAUAUUUUUAAAAAUUAUUAGCAAUCAUUUUUACGUA